AUGUCUACCGACCCGAAGAUCCAAGACCUGCUCAAUAAGCCGAAGAGCGAACUCACCGAAUAUGAAGUAGCUCUCGUCGAGGAGCACGAACUCACAGCCGGGCCCCUCUCUCUCCUCCAGACAGCCACGCGCACACACAGCCAAGUUCUAAUCUCCUGCCGGAAUAACCGCAAGCUGCUGGCCCGAGUCAAGGCAUUCGAUCGACACUCCAAUAUGGUGCUCGAGAACGUCAAGGAGAUGUGGACUGAGAAGCCCAAGGGUGGAAAAGGGAGGGGUGUGAAUAAGGACCGGUUUAUCAGCAAGAUGUUCCUUCGCGGUGACUCGGUCAUUCUGGUUCUUCUUAGCUGA